AUGAUAAUUCGGUUUUUUGUUGCUUGUUUUGUUGUUAAAUGUAAGUUGGGGGUUGAUAAUGUAAAUUCGAUAAGUCAUGCUUUGGUUUAGGAGGGUCAGACUUGGUAGGCUUUGGCUUAGUAGGGUUAGGUUUAGUAUGCUUAGGAUCAGUGUUUUGCCGGAUUAAAAGAAAAUAGAGCCGGACCGGACCGAAAAAUUUCCGGACCGGUCCGGAAAAAAAAUUUUUUUUAAUUUUAAUAAAACUGUUUUAAAAAUUGCAAAUAACACAUAUUUUUAAGUUUUUAAACGUAAAGAAAGCAGUUUUAGCGCUCCUGGCUCUUUUUAAAAAUAAAAAAAAAUUUUCCGGACCGGAUUGGACCGGACGUGACCUUUUUGGCCCGGACCGGACCGGACCUGAGGGAAAAAAAUAGAGCCGGACCGGACCGAAAAUUUUUCGGACCGGACCGAAAAAAUUCUUAUCCGUACCGGUCCGGCAAAACACUGCUUAGGAUUAGUGGGGUCAGGCAAACUUGUGCGUCUUCUUUCGUAAUGGAACUUUUUCAGUAGCCAAAAGUUGUCACGGCGGAGGACAGUACAGUACGUUGGCAGCACGAAACAAAGCAUUGGCUUAUGCGGCAAACAGUUUUGACGCUGAUUUUCAUAAUGCCAAGUGUGCUAGUGAAGACUUUGGAUUUUACAGAGCCAAAGGUAAUUUUAAUCGAGUUUUUUUUGAUUUUUUAGAUUUUUUAAAAAAUUUCAUUGUUUAAGCAUAAUAUUAUACUUGAUACCUAAUUCUUAUAUUAUACUAGUUCAUAAACAGGGCCGGGCAGGGACUUUUGGUCUGGGGGAGGGGUCGAAAUAAUCCACAGGGGGGGGACCAAGUUCAAGUUUUUUUUUAAAAUUUUUUUUGUGGGGGAGGGGGGAGAGGGGUUCGGCCCAGUUCGUAAAUAUAAAUUACCAACAAGCCCCCCCCUCGUAUUAAAAAAAUUUUGCAAAGCAGAAAUUUUUUUUUACAUUUCAGAGCUCAAACGGUUGGCAACAGAAUACGAGUUUGUGUCAAUACCAAUUCCAAUUGGUUCUGGCGGUACUGCAAAUUGUGGAUUUGAUAGUGAUAGUGAGAAGUGUGCGUGGUACAAUCGACAAGUUGGUACACAAGGAAAUGGAUUCAAAAGAGCACGAUUCGAGUCUUUCUUUGAUGUGGACAAAUUUGAAUGCACCUCUAAUCGAGUGUUCGCUUUUGGUAGGAAAAAAUGAUUUUUUAUUGCUGCCUGACAAGGGAAUGUUACAAACUGCCCAUUCAAAUUUUAAAAGUGAAUGGUACCAUGUGAAAGAGCGUAAAAAGUUGACUAGACAUCUAUUUUUAAAAACUGCUAAUUUUGCCUUACAAGCCCGCUAGCGAGAUUUUAAAAUCAUUAGUGAAAGGGUCUUAUAAGUUGUUAUUCUUUCCUUUGGGUUAUUGUAUUUUUAAAAACCUUAGUUUUUACUUUUUUUUAUGUUUUAUUAGAUGUAGGAAGCCAUUACCAACAAAAAAAAAUUUUUUUUUGAAUAUUUAAAUCAAUUAACUUUUAAAUAAAAAAAUACCUAUCAUUUACCCAAAAAGAGAAUCGAACCUAAAGUCCAUUGAUUGCGCAACCACGGCGCCUUUGACCACUCGGCCAUUCGAACACAUUAACUUCCCCUUUUUGAAAGAAGCCAAAGGAAAGCGGGUUUAAAAAAUCCGUUUUGAUAGUAAAAAUUUUAAAAGCUCGCUAGCGGGCUUGUAAAGCAGAAUUAGCAGUUUUUGAAAAUAGAUUUCUAGUCAACUUUUUACGCUCUCUCACAUGGUACCAUUCAUUUUUAAAAAGCGAAUGGGCAGUUUGUAACAUUCCCUUGUGAGGCUUUUUUAAAUUAAAAUAAAAAAAAUUUUUUUUUGAAAAAAUAAUUUGAAAAUGGUAAGUUAAAUUUAAAAAAAAAUUAAAAUUAUAAUGUUGAAUGUUUAGAAGAAUAUUUUCUAAUGGCUGGAGGAGAAGACUUUGAUCAUGAUAUAUCAGCAGCGAUUGAAACUCGAAUACCUUGCCAAUUUGAAAAAGCCUUAUUGAAGUUUGAUUAAGUUUUCAAAAUUUUAUAUUUUUUUCUAGCCAGAUCCCUAGCCCAAAGCCUUAGCCCAGAGUCCUAGCCCAGAGCCCUAGCCCAGAGCCCCUAGCCCAGAGCCCUAGCCCAGAGCCCUAGCCCAGAGCCCUAGCCCAGAGCCCUAGCCCAGAGCCCUAGCCCAGAGCCCUAGCCCAGAGCCCUAGCCCACAGCCUAGCUUUAGCUCUAACUCUAGCCCUUACUCAAUCUCUAGCUUUAGCCCUAGCUCUAGCUCAAUAAAUAUCUUUAGGUAUAAAUCUAGCCUUAACUCUAAGCAUAACAUACAUUAUCUCUAGCCCUGCUUUUACUUCAGCUUUAUUUACAUUACUCUAAUCUUGCCGUGUAAUUCACUUAGCCUAUAUCCAAUCUAGACAUACUAUGAUUGUUUAAUCACUGUAAAUAACACUGAAACGUAUAUAUUUUAGUUACUGGAGUAACAACGAAACCCCGAUCCUAAAAAUCUGUGUAAUACCAGAAGAUUCACCUGAUCCACAAUGCGAAGAGUCUCAUAUGGACGCAAAUCCUCUAACUUUUGAAAUUCCCCAAUCAUUACGGCCGUUUCGGCUUCGAAUUCAAGUUGAUGCGAUUGGCAAAGAUGACAUUGUCUUCUUAGAUUCUAUGAGAUAUGAAGGAAAAUUAUGCGAAGUUUCCGGACCUAUUGGCAAAAAUGACUCCGAACCAAAAAUCGUGGCCAAUGCUGCGCCAAUUCGAAGUUUCAAACCGGCCAAGCCCAUUACUGAUAACGAAAUUGAUGAUUUUGAAGAGAUUGAAACAACAACGGAGAUGGUUAUCAAGAAAAAGUUGUUUGGCAGUACUAGUAUUGUUCAUUCUGAGGUAAUUUUUUAAAGUUUUAGCAUUUUUACUCUGAGGUAAAUUAAAAAAAAUUAAAAAUUUUUAAAAAAAAUUUAAAAAAUAAAAAAAAAAUUUAAAUUUAAAAAAAAAUUAAAAAAAUUUUAAGACAAAUAUAAAAAUUUUGAAAAAAAAAUUUAAAAAAUUAAAAAAAAAUUUAAAAAAUUUUGAAAAAAAUUCAAAAAUUUAAAAAAAAAUUUUAAAAUUAAAAAAAAAAUUUAAAUUUAAAAAAAAUUUUUUUUUUGUAUUUUAAGAAAAGAGUUGAUAAAAGUAAUAUUGAUAACAAAAUUUCAGGAUAAAGAACGAGAUUUGGGUAAUCAACGUGGCAAACUUGACGUUUGCGAAGCCUUAAGCUGUGACUUUAACCAUGGUGAUUCUUGUUAUUAUUCGUUGUCUGGGUUGGGUGGAACGUAAGUGAAAGACUUUUCAACUCUCAAAAUGUUAAAAUUAAUUUAGUUCAAACUGACUUUAAUUUUUAACUUCUAGUUUGAUGCAAAAAGAAUGGCGGAUUUGGCAGGAGUUUAAAAAUAUUUAAAAAAAUCUUGAAAGCUAAAGCUGAUAUAAAGUAAUAUUGAGACGAUUGAUUACAGGGCUGAAUGGAGAAUUGGAGAACAUUAUUUUGGCAAUCCACACACUGGCAUUCAUAAAGCCAAUCCCAUCGAUCAGAGAAUGAGUAAUAUACUUUAUAAUAGUAACAAAUUAAGCGUUUUUAUAGAAAAUUUUUAUUUAAAUUGUUAUCAAGUUGCCAAAGUACAAAGCUUGCAACACCACUUUUUUCAGCUGGAUUUGCUUUUGUUGGCCUAGAUCGUAACGACUUUACUAACGAAGUCUUUGUCAUGGAGUCGGUCCGCUUCUACACGAACCAGCCGGUCUAUUUGGUGUUUGAUUUGUAUCAACGGUCUAUUGGGCCACAAUUAAGAGUAGGUUUAAAGAUUCUAAAGAUACAGACGCUAUUAUAUUUAACCAAUCAAAAGGAGUGGGGAGGUUUAAAAAUAAAAAAGACGGGAGGUUUUAUAAAAAAGUUCCUUUGCGGUGCCGACAUAAAGAACCCGCCAUAGUUUUUCUGUAAUAUCCUGUAAAAAAUGGCGGCUUCUUUAUGUCGGCACCUAAUAAUAGUGCAGAAAUUUCAAUUAUGAUUUAGGUCUGUAUAAACUCAUUUGACAACUGCCCGUACGUUAAUCCGCCGUUAAAUGCCAGAGAGUUUUGGCGGCACGACCAACGGAUUCUGUUGGACGAUGAUGCCGAAAAGGUAAGCUAAUACGUGUGGAAGUUUAAUGUAACAGAACUUUUAACUAAAACACUUCAGAGCUUAUCAGGAAAGAAAAAAUAACUGAAAAUUAAAAAUUUUGUCAAGAAAGAAAUUAUAUCAGGUUGAACCAAAAGUAGCGGGACACUUUUCAUUUAUUUGCCAACUAAAUACUGUCCCGCUACUUUCGGUUCAACCACAUAAACUAAAGAAAACAAAAAACUACUGGUUAGUACAACAACAACUGUUUUAGAUAUUUUUUAUUGCUGGAAAGGUCGGCCGAAACCUUUACUUGGCCAUAGACAAUAUACGAAUACAGACCAGCGACUUUGACGAUUACUGCUCUCAAAUAUUAUAG